CACUGCCCCUGCCCGGGACGCGUGGUCUCGGCAUGGGGGCUCGGCAGCAGCGGCAGCAACAGCAGGAGUGUGUGAGGAGUUUGGGGGGAUGAGAAAGAGGGAGAGAGAGAGAACGAGAGAGCAGGAGGCGAAACGGGGUAAGAGAAAGUGAGCUCUGGAACAGCCGGAGAGAGCGAGAGUCCGAGAAAACGGAGCGGGAAAAAGCGACCCAGCGGACCGUGGAGAGCAGCUCGAGAGUGACUGUGCCUGAUCUCAGUCACCUCUUCACCUGAGAGAGGAUUUCCAGUGGAUGUAAGGCGCUCUCGCUGUGGAAAUGUGUCCGAGGCGGGCUCCACUAACCCGGGCACGGAGCGUGUGCUGCUGCCGCUGCCUGCUGCUGCUGACCGUCCGCUUCUUAGCGCUCAUCUGCGGGCUGCACGCUGCAACAGGAGCAGAAGCUCCCUCAGACACAAGCGUUGUGACCGCCUCCAGCUGGAAUGCUUCCAGGGCAGGACAGAAAGAUCACUUCCUCAGACUGGAUUCUCCCAUGAACAAUAUCACCACUUCUCUGGGCCAGACGGCCGAGUUGCACUGCCAUGUUUCGGGGAAUCCUCCACCCACGGUGCGCUGGCUGAAGAACGAUGCUCCAGUGGCUCCGGAGGCACGACGUGUUUCCUACAAACAGACCCAGUACGGCUCGCGACUGCGCAUCCGCAACCUGGACACCACAGACACCGGCUACUUCCAGUGUGUAGCCACCAACAGCUACGGCACCGUCUCUACCACGGGAAUUCUCUUCGUCAAGUUCGAUCCUCUGCCAACACCUCAGUCUGGAAGACCUUCACCGGACGACUUUGACGAGGAAGGCUUCUGCCAGCCGUAUCGAGGAAUUGCCUGUGCUCGCUUCAUUGGGAACAGGAGUAUCUUCGUUGAUUCGCUGCAGAUGCAGGGUGAAAUCGAAACUCAAAUAACUGCUGCGUUCACCAUGAUCGGCACAUCCAACCACCUGUCGGAUCGCUGCUCUCAGUUUGCCAUCCCCUCCCUCUGCCACUUCGCCUUUCCUACAUGUGACCGCAGCUCUGGGAUAGAUAAACCCCGGGACCUGUGUAAGGACGAGUGUGAGAUCCUGGAGAACGACCUGUGUAAGACCGAGUACAUCAUCGCUCGCUCCAACCCCAUCAUCCUCAAGCGCCUCAAAUUACCCAACUGUGAGGAUCUGGCAGCCUCGGACAGCCCUGAGGCGGCAAACUGCAUGAGGAUAGGAAUACCCAUGGCUGAGUCCAUUAAUAAAAAUCACAAAUGCUUCAACAGCAGUGGUGCAGACUAUCGCGGCACAACCAGUGUGACCAAAUCAGGCCGUCAGUGCCAGCCCUGGAACUCACAGUACCCCCACAGCCACAACUUCCUGGCCCUACGCUACCCAGAGCUCAACGGCGGCCAUUCAUACUGCCGUAAUCCUGGCAACAAGCACGAGGCUCCCUGGUGCUUCACUCUGGACGACAGUGUGCGUAUGGAGCUGUGUGGCAUCCCACAGUGUGACUCGAAGGAGCAGCGUGGAGGCAGUGUGCAGAUCCUCUAUAUCCUGGUUCCCAGCGUGGCCAUCCCUCUAGCCAUCGGCUUGCUGUUUUUCUUCAUCUGCGUCUGCAGGAACAACCAGAAAGCCUCCCGUCCUCCCGCUCAGCGCCAGCCCAAGCCUGUGCGUGGCCAGAAUGUGGAGAUGUCCAUGCUGCCUGCUUAUAAACCAAAGAGCAAGGCCAAAGAACUGCCUCUGUCUGCGGUGCGCUUCAUGGAGGAGCUGGGGGAGUGCGCCUUUGGCAAGAUCUACAAGGGUCACCUGUAUCUUCCGGGCAUGGAGCACGCUCAGCUGGUGGCCAUCAAGACCCUGAAGGAUUUCUCCAGUGCGCAACAGUGGGGGGACUUCCAGCAGGAGGCUUCCGUCCUGACGGAGCUCCACCAUCCUAACGUGGUGUGUCUGCUGGGCGUGGUGACCCAGGAGCAGCCGGUCUGCAUGCUCUUCGAGUUCCUGGCCCUCGGAGACCUUCACGAGUUCCUCAUCAUGCGCUCCCCACACUCGGACGUAGGUUGCAGCAGUGAUGAGGACGGCACGGUCAAAUCCAGCCUGGACCAUGGAGACUUCCUGCACCUGGCUACUCAAGUCGCAGCAGGGAUGGAAUACCUGUCUGGGCGCUUUUUCGUCCACAAGGAUCUUGCAGCUAGGAACAUACUGGUAGGAGAGCAGCUGCAUGUGAAGAUCUCUGACCUGGGACUGUCCAGGGAGAUCUACUCGUCUGAUUACUACCGUGUCCAGCCUAAAACCUUACUCCCCAUUCGUUGGAUGUCUCCGGAAGCCAUUGCUUACGGCAAGUUCACCACAGACUCGGACAUCUGGGCGUUUGGAGUGGUGCUCUGGGAGAUUUUCAGCUUCGGCCUUCAACCUUUUUAUGGCUUCAGCAACCAGGAGGUGAUGGAAAUGGUGCGCAAAAGGCAGCUCUUACCCUGUCCAGAAGAUUGCCCUCCACGAAUGUAUGCCCUGAUGACCGAGUGUUGGCAGGAGGGUCCUGCCAGGAGACCGAGGUUCAAGGACAUCCACGCUCGUUUGCGUGCCUGGGAGGGCCUAUCGUCUCACGCCAGCUCCAGCACUCCAUCAGGGGGCAACGCCACCACCCAGACCACCUCCCUCAGUGCCAGCCCGGUCAGCAACCUCAGCAGCCCGCGCUACGCCGGCUACAUCUACGGUGCUCCUCAAGGGCUACCUCCCACCCAAAUCGCAGGCUUCAUGGCAGCACCUAUGCCUCAGAACCAGCGUUUUAUUCCUGUUAACGGAUAUGCAAUUCCCCCGGGCUAUGCCGCGUUCCCAGCAGCCCACUUUGCUCCAGCUCAGGCCCCCGCCAGAGUGGUUCAGCACUGCCCUCCACCCAAGAGCCGCUCGCCCAGCAGCGCCAGCGGCUCUACCAGCACCGGCCACGUCACCAGCGUGCCUUCGACGGGCUCCAACCACGACGCAAAUACUCCCCUGCUCUCCCACUGCGUGGCCUUGACCCCAAUGGCAACCAUGCAGGGUGGCGCGCUGCCCAUGUUCGGACACAUGCCGCAGAAAGGGCUGCAGCUGGACCCGGCUCAGGCGGCCCUAUUGGCCGAAUCCAACAGACUCAUGUACAGUGAAUCGGUCAUCACCGCCGACUUGUAAAUGUUCCUGUUGUAAAUGACUAUAAUUAUUGCUAUUUUUUUUUAAAUGCUCUUUCUUCACGUUGUAAAUACGAAAAACAAAACAGCCUGAAUAGAAUGUAAAGAUUUAUAUGCUAAUGUGUUUUUUUUUAUAUUAAAAAAGUGUGGGAGGAAAAAAAGAAAAGCAUUUUCCGCAGUUUCCUCAUCUCCACUUUAAAUGUAUAAAUGAUGUUGUUAUGAUGCCUGAAGAAGAAGAAGAAGAUCUUUAGGUGCUUCCUCUCUUCCUUCCUUCUUUGUUUCACGUUUAAAAAAAGAAAAAAAAAGAAAAGACAGUUUCUUGCAAAAGAUUCCCCACGUGGCCUUAAAUUGAGAGCGUACAUCAAUAUUAAUACAUAAUAAAGCCUUUCAACUUCAUCUGCCUCAAGACACUUCGACUGGACAAUUGAGCUCACGUCAGCCCUUUUUUGUAAAUGUGAGGAGUUGAAAUCUUCCCCAAAGACAUAAAAUGGACACAAGCACAGCUCAUCUUCUCGGGAGAUCUUCUUCUAAACAGUCACUCAGUCUCUUUUUUUUUUUUAGAUAUUGCUGUUACUUUGAUCGAAUGCAGGGUUACUAACACCAAACAAGUAAUGUGUUAUCGAAAAUUGAAGGUCAGUUAUUUUUAAAAUUUAAUUUAAAACCACCGUUGAUGCCCCGUAGAUGCUCAAGUAACAUUCAAAUAAAGGUCAAUUAAACACAAAUUAACUCAUUCAUUAGUUGAAUGAAUAUGAUUCACUGUUGAAUGUAAUCUUACAUCUAACCCUAAACCCCUUAGAUUUAGGUUUUUGGUUAAUGGGUUUUAGGAUUGAUUUAGGGUUAGGGUUAAAAUAACAAUUGAGAAUUUAACAGAUUUUCAGUUUAGUGUAAGUUGAAUGUCAGUUGAAUGUUAAGUGAGCAUCUAUGAGAACCAUCCAAAUAAAGUGAUGCCCAAAUAUCAAGCAUAAUUGUUGUUAAAUUUACCUGAUUUCUGCUGAUAUGCAAAAUACUAUUACUGUGUACAUUGAAAGCCUUUUAAGUUAGCUGCCUGGUUCAAUAUUUUUCAUGCAUAUACCUAAUAAUGAAUCGGGCACUAAAUCCACCUGAAGUCCUUCCAUUGCAACGAAAUAUAGUGUUUAUUUUUGGGUUGUUACAUAUUUACAGAUAUCUGCAACUGAUUUGAUUCCAGGAUUCAGUGUCUAUCUAUGUAUUGGUAAUCCUAUUAAAAUCAUAUUUGGGAAUUACAAAUUACAGCAGUUCUAUGCAAGGGUCAUUGUAGAAGCUUUGUCACAGAAAGCUGCAAUUCUUUACCACAGAAUAAGUGCAUGGCUGCUGCUACUCAUUAACAGUCAGCAUUACAAAUACAGUGUGUGUAGAUUCAGCUUGGCGCCGACAGUCUUCAUACAUUUGUACAAUGUGUGAGACUAACCCACUAACUGGAUAUCCCUCUCCAGAGUACAUCUUUCUUAUCGUACAGUGAGAAUCUAGCCAUUAUCACAUUAACACAGUAUGGCUUACAAACAUCAGCAAUGGAGACCAUAUUUAACCAUCACCAAAUGUGCAGCAGCAACAGUCUAAAAACAUUUAAAAAGGAAUCAUCAAUUAGCUGAUUCACCUGAAAGACAAUCUGAGGUUUGUUUUCAUCUUAAAAACUGUGAUUGGCCCAUGUCUAGUUAGUGUUCAUCCCUGAAAAAACAAAUGUUGUAAAAAGAACUUAGGACAAGCUACUGUUUCUGAUACAGGAUCUUUAUAAUCAUAAUAAUAGCCUUAAUAAACAACAUAUGCAUAUGAGACGAUGUGCAGCACAUUGCCUUAGAAUAAGUUAAUGUUUUUUUUAAUAAUGGAGUACACUUUAAAUUGUCUCUUCUUGAAUGUUACAUUUUUUUUCUUAUUCAACUCACUCAUUUUCAUACACCUCAUUGUGUCUGCUGGGAUUGUAUCACACAGCCUAUUGUCAGUGUGUCAGUAAAGUAGUGAGAUAUGUGGAAAUUUGCUGUUAAUGUUUGUUGUUAAUGAAUUCCAUUGUAAACAAUUCAAAAAUCCUGGGAAAAAGAAAUUUGAAACAGGGUCAUUAAUGUGUGAAGUACACAAGGUGCCACCAGGGGGCAGAAUCUCUUUAUGGUAUUAUAAAAUGAAUGAAGUCGGUGUGUGUUUCUCUCUAUUUGAAUAUCGUCACUCCAAUUAAAAACAUGUAUCUACAAAACAGCAACUUUACAGGAGAAUGAAAUGUACCACUUUAAAGUAAGGCUCACUCAUACAUAGUUUAUAAAGGGGUUAUAAAGGAAUUUAUUAAUGGCUAUUAACUAAGUUAUAAAAACAUUAUUAAGCAGUUACAACUUAUCAAUAGAAAUUAUUAAUAGAAAUCAGUGAUUGUCUUUUCCAUAUAAAAAUAUAGAAAGUCAGUUUAAUAUAAUUAAAUUAAUGUAAUAUGUUACUAUAUGCCACAUUAUGGUUGCUGGGUAAAUCAUUAAUCUGGGUAGUUAAAUGAAUGAGUUUGUUAACAUAUUUGUUAAUUCUGAAAAAGAUAAAGAUUAACUGUAUAAAUGAAUGUGGACUCACCAUUUGGCAUACAACAGGCCACUGUUGCCCUUUCUAUUUGUUUGUUGUAACUGCUUUUUAGUGGUUUUAAAGUAUUCACAACUUAAUUAAUAAUCAUUUAUAGACCAUUUAUUAACCCUUAAAGUUGUAUUAAAAAAUAAUUUAACUUUCUAAGGAAGUCAAUGUAAAAAGAGUUUAUUUAAGGUAAUUUUGGAGAAUUUCUAUUGGUCCAUUCAUCAAGAAAUCAUGACACAGUGUCAGGGUCAGUCUGUUAGUUCAAAUAAUGUAGUAAACUAAGAAUUGGCAAAAAUAGAAAUACAUGAUUUUCAUUGGACAGUGAUGAUAUGAUGAUUAUGAUAACUACAGUUAGUGUUCUAACAGUACAGCACAGCAGUGUACGGACAUUGCCCAGCCAGCAGUCCUUUUUAUUUGAUUUUAGAGUAUUUUAUUUUAUGUUUAAUGUAAGUUGUUAUGCAACUAUCAAAUGCAAAAGCCCUGUUUUUCCCAUGUUAAUGACAACGAUGAUCUUCAAUCAAUGCCUUUUAUUUUAUUAUAAUGGUAUCAUGACACUGAGACCAGCAUUAUGGCAGAUGACAGAUGAGCGUAACCCUGUUAUGUUAUUACUGUUAUUACACGCAUGUAAUAAAUGAUACUAGAAUCAGCGGUUUAUUUUUGUACAAAUUUGUAUCAAAGUUUUUUUUUCUAUAUAUAUAUAUAAAUAUAACAGUAUUUUAAUAUUAUUAUACCUGUAGGCGUGUGACAUUGAAGAAAAUCAAAAAAUUGCUUUUAGCCCAAACUGCAGGUCAUGUAUUGUACCAGUCAAAAGUUUGGACACACCUUCCUCUCAUUCAAAUAUGUUUUAGUUCCUUUUAUUUAUUUUUACAUUGUGAUUUUAUUAUUGAAGACUAAAUUAAAAGUACACAGGAGCACAUGCGGAAUUAUUGUGUGUUAAACAAACCAGAAUAUGAUUUAAAAUUUAGAUUAUUUUAAGUACCACAUUUGGAGGUGCUGAAAUAUAGUUGCUGCUUUUCCUUUAGAUCAGGGCAUGGUGGAGGCCAAGUUAUAAAUUACAUUUUUUGUUUACUAAGUAAUUCCACAUGUGUCUGUGUUUUCACGUCUUUAAUAUUAAUCUACAAUGUAGAAAACAUUAAAUGAGAAUUGUGUGUUCCAACUUUUGGUUUUUGGUACUGUAUUUCAUGAUCAGGUGGUGUUUUAUUUACUUUGUUAAUUCCCCUUCCUUUCCAGGACAUUUAUAAGUGCUCUUAAACCUCUGUGUCUAAGAAUUUCUAUCAUUUUAUACAGGUAUUGGUUUUGUUAGCAUGCCCACUUGUACAAAAAGCCAAAAACCACUUUUAAUAUUAAAGACUGUGAAUCAUUGUCCCGGCUCUCUAUAGAGCUGGGCUUUAUUACGAAUGCAUUGUAUACAUGGCAAACAGUUUACACUUGUAAUAUACCAACCAUGUGGCCUUGAUUUCUUCUUUUAUUUUGCAAUUGUGAGAAUAAAACUAUUUUGCACAAAUGGUUUGUAAUGUUUGUGAGGCAAAAUCAAUAUUAAAUGAUAGCAUUUGGUCAUGCUGAA